AGGGGGAGGGGAGGGGAGGGCGAUGGCGGCGCUGAGCGCGGGGCCCGGGGCGCGGCCCGCGGAGGGCGCCGUGUACGCCUGCUGCUACCCCGAGGCGCACGCCGACUUCCCCCCGCACCUGCAGGCGGGCGCCAUGCGCCGCCGCUUCCUGGGCGUCUUCAACUGCCUGUGCGCCGGCGCCUUCGGGGCCGUGGCCGCCGCCUCCGCCAAGCUGGCCUUCAGCCACGAGGUCAACGUGGCCUACAGCAUCCUGGGCAUCGUCAUGAUGGCCACCGCCAACUCUCUGAUGUGGACGUUCUUCAGCCGGGGCCUCAGCUUCUCCAUGUCCUCAGCCGUCGCCUCUGUCACGGUGACGUUCUCCAACAUCCUGAGCUCGGCCGUCCUGGGCUUCGUGCUGUACGGAGAGUGCCAGGAGGUGCUGUGGUGGGGCGGCGUGUUCCUCAUCCUCUGCGGACUCACCCUGGUCCACAGGACCUUCCAGCCGGUCGCCAGGAUCUUCCCUCACAAGAUGAAGUAGCGCCAGGCGGCUGGGUGGACCGACUGGAGAGACGGCGGUGCGUCUGGGGGCUUCUUCCCCGGGCGACCUCCGUGUGCGGCGCCACACUGAGCGGACCGACCCCAGGCCGGGGCCGCUCGGGGAAGCGGGUCUCUGAGCGAGGGGCCUGGAGGGUCCCGGCGGCCCCGGCUCCCGAGGGGCGGCUGCAGCCUGUCCGGCCGCGGGUGUUGUGU